GAGGAAUAUGUUGCAAUUACCCAUUUUAUACUUUUAGUCGCAAACAUAACAUUUGAAUCGUUUGUAUUCUAGUGUGGCAACAGCUUUUUUCUUUGUUGUUUUUGGAUCGUAUUUAGGACUUGCAACAAUGUGUUAAACGAUUUUCUAUUGCAAACAUGUAAAUUGGCGUUUUUAUUACCCAAUCAGAGUGUGCACUUACUAUUAGUGGAUAUAUUUCGCAAACAAGCAUCUUUAUCUUAUUUAAAAAUGUGGCGAAUUUGCUGGGAUAUUCUAUUCUUGUAUUCCGUGUAUCAAUUAGUAGACGGAGUUCCUCUGAACUUUCGCAGUUUCAGGCUUAAUCCGAGCAUGAGCUUGUCACCCAAUGCGACUUACAACUUUAGCUUCAAAACUCCUGCGAGUAGCAACCCCUCUGCGAAAACCAAAAACUUCGAUAAAGAACCAGGGAAAAUCCGUAUCAAUGAAAAUGAAAUUCGUAAAGGUAUGUCGGACGAAAUGUCAAGAAAUGAAGAAAUGUAUGAUUCAAACAGACCUGAAAUUGAUAGAAAAUCAAAUUCGGAAGUAUUUGAGUCCUAUGGAAAUAACAGAACCCAGAGAACCAGAUUGACCAGCUACAGUGCAAUGAAUAUUUCCCCAAAACCAGACAUAUUCUAUUCACAGCGGAUGUCCCACGACAAAUACAUACCAAUGAAUCCUAAGAAUUAUACAAUGAAUUUCCUAAUACCAUCAACGACUGCAAAGGAUUCCAAUUUAGGAAUUGAAAAAUCGUACUACAAGCCACAACCAUCAGACUAUUCACCGAAGCCGAUUUUGUCGCGGUUGAAAUUGAGCAAUUUACUUCUACACGGGCCUUCAGUCAUAUUAGCAAAUUUAGAGUCUUUAACAUCAACUACACAGGCGCCAUCAAUGGACCAAAACAGAACCGCGGAAGAAACCGAAACAUCAUACCAAAUUAAGGGUAAAGGGACACAAGAACGGGAAAGAAUAAACAAAUUGAAAAGAGAAAUACCCGGAAGCAGGAAAAUGUCGUACAACAUGAGAAAUGGAGACUCAGCAAUCCGAUGGCCGUGUGGACCCUCAAUAAACAAUAGCCCAAUGGAAAGUGAGAUGGAAAUAAGCGAGGAGAUGCUCGGUCGGCGAGGCCAGAACCAAUUCAAAAUACGAGGAAUACAAAUGGAAGGAGAUAAUAAUCGUAUGAUAAGCGGAGAAGGAGUCUUACCAUUACAAAUGACAGAUAGAGAACAAAAGUUACAUGAAAUGACGGAUGAGCUGGUACUAGAUCUACACCAGAUACAACAAAGCGAGGAAUAUUAUCCCAUGUCACAAAGCAAGAGACAACAUGUGCUGGAGAUGUUGGAAAUGCAUAUCAAAGGGAUCGGAGCGAAAAAGAAAUUGAAAAGAGACUACGAUCGACUCCAAACGAAAGAGUCCGAAUCAGAACAGAAGAUGUCAUUUGAGGACGAUUCGAGGACAGAUGAAGAAGGCAGUUGUCAAUCUAGUUACAAUAAUAUUUACGAAGAAAGUGCAGUUGCAACAGAACAUUCGCAAAUGGAAGAAAGUGAGCCUGAUGAACCUGACUCUUCUCCGGAAAUAGUGACGAGUCAAUAUCCGUCAUUUCUUUAUAACGAAUUAAGCAUGAUCCAAAAUAAGUACAAAAAUAUUGUGAGUCAUUUUCUAUCACAAAUUAGAAACGACGAAAAACAUGACCGUGUGUACUCUCAAGAAGAAAUUGAAUCCGAUGAGCCACAUAGUUCCGAAAAUACAUUCGAAUAUGUACGAAAAUUCCGUUCGUUUAAAGGUCCUAACGGACGACUGAACAUUUAUGAUUUUAUUUAAGAGUCGAUGAAAUGAAUGAACUUCUUUUUAUUUUCAAAUCGAGAGACACGCCUCUAUGUUUUUAAUGGAACUACUUAUGAAGAUGACUUUCAGACAUUAGUUGUUUGCUUUUAAUAAAUACAGGGUUAGUUUAGAUUAGAUUGUGUUAAAAAUAGGAACAAAAUUUAUUGAAAACACUUUUUGUGAAUGUUUGUAUAUUACUAUUAUAAAUAAUAAUUAGUUUAAUACAAAAAAAUGAAAUAUUUCAUUGAAACAAAAAUAUAAACGUAUAAUUAUCAAAAUAUCCAGAACAAACUUACUUAGAACUUACAGGUAAUGUUAAAAUUAUAAAUUUGAAACUGCAUAUAAGUAAAUAAAGUUACGGUAAUAUAAAUAAUAAUAGAUAUCUAUUGUGUGCAAAAAGUAUUGUGUGUGACAAGGUGUCUAAGGUGAAUAUGCAAUAAAAAACCUUCCCGUC